GAAGAGCCAGAAAAGGAAUCUGCUCGGGAAACAGUCCUUGGAAGACGGUGGCCAUGAAGACAUCUCUGCUGCUGGUGUCGCUGCUCCUGGCAGUGGUGUUAGGACAGAAGGAAGAGGGUCACUCCAGAUUCCACACUAAGGCUAGCAGCUCCCAACCUCGAGGCCGCAGGUAUGCCGAGGGGACUUUCAUCAGUGACUACAGCAUUGCCAUGGACAAGAUCCGCCAACAAGAUUUUGUGAACUGGCUGCUGGCGCAGAAGGGGAAGAAGAAUGCCUGGAAACACAACAUCACGCAGAGGGAGGCCCAGGUCCUAGAGCUGGCCCAUCAAUCUAACAGGAAGAAGGAGACCAGAGAGCAGCAGGGCUCCCUACCCAAGAACCCCAGGGAUGAAGAUUUGCUAAAGGACUUACUGAUUCAGGAGCUGCUGGCCUGGAUGGUGGAUCAGAUGGAGCUCUGCAGGCUCAGGUUUCAGUGACUCUGACUAAACCCAGCUCAGGACUGGACUCUGCCCUUCACUUACCUCCUGCCUCAGCUCCACUCCUGGGUACCCUAGAGAAGCAAAACCAAUACAUUUUAAGCUGAAAUAAAUCUUUGUACCCAUUGUCAAAACAUAUUCAA